UUACGGAUUACCUCCAGACAGCGGGCAGGAAGAGGAAGGGAAACUCCAAUUAGCACCCGCGGGCGAAAUAAUUAACGUCAUCAAAACACCCAGUUCACCCUUGGUGUUCUGUAUUCUUCUCUUCAUUUCCUCCACCGCACACCUCCUCUCCCCUCUCCAACUCCACCCCAUGAAAAUGAUCGUGAGAGGCUGCUAGCAUCAGCUCUCGCUUCCACUCCGCCAUCCCACCCACCUCGCGGAAUCCCCCGAGCUGUAUAUAUCCCACGCCCCAAUUCGGCCCGUGGCGUGUGUGAGGUCAACUGGCCAGGUGUUUUGCUCACAGCUCGCGCGCGUGGCAGCAAGCAAGGAGAGCGGCGGCGGCGGCGGCUCCUUAGCAUGCGGCGGUGAGAGGAAGGGAGGAGGAGCAGGGAACCGAGAGAGCGAGAGAUAGAGGAUGAUGCAGCUGCUGCAGCAUCACAAGCCCUCCGCCCCCUCCUGCUGCUCGUCGUGGAUCCGGAGGUCCCCGCCGCCGUCUCCGCCGCACAAGAAGAAGGGCGGCGGGGGCGGGGGGAGGAGCCGGUACGCGUGCCGCCUCGUGCCGCUGCUCGUGCUCACCGUGUACAGCGUCUUCACCGUGCUCCGCAUCCCCAGUUCCUCCCUCGUCGUCAACACCGCCGAUUCAGAGCGCGUUGAGAGGCGGGAGGACGUGGAGACGCUCAAGACCCACCUGCCGUCGAACCAGAACAGCCUCGAGGCCCGCGAGGAGACGCGUUCCGUCGCCUCCCUCCCGUGCUCUGCGUUCAUCAAUGGUGAGGCGGGGCAGCGCGAGGAAGGCGUGCUCUGCUGCGACCGGAGCCAAUACCGCAGCGACGUGUGCUACCUCUGCGGCGACGUGCGCACGGACCCGUCCACCUCGUCGGUGCUCCUGUACAACGCGCCCCGCGGGAGCGCGCCGGAGAAGGUGCGGCCGUACACGCGCAAGUUCGAGGACGGCAUCAUGAGCACCAUCGACGAGGUGACCAUCCUGCCCGUGCUCGGCGCCUACAACGCGAGCGCGGGCGGCGGCAGCCUGCGGCGUCGGUGCGACGUGCGUCACCCUCGCGGCGUGCCGGCGGUGGUGUUCUCGACGGGCGGGUACACGGGCAACGUGUACCACGAGUUCAGCGACGGGCUGAUCCCGCUGUUCAUCACGGCGCAGCGGUUCGCCGGCGAGGUGGUGUUCGUGGUCCUCGAGUACCACUACUGGUGGCUGGGCCGCUACGGCGCCGUCCUGGAGCGGCUCACCAACUACAAGGUGGUCGACUUCCGCUACGACCGCCGCGUCCACUGCUUCUCCGAGAUGAUCGUCGGCCUCCGCAUCCACGGCGAGCUCGUCGUCGACCCCAAGCUCAUGCCCAACGGCAAAAGCAUCAAGGAUUUCCAGGCGCUCCUCCACCAGGGCUACAGCCGGAAGCCGGUGUCAUCGUUCUCGUCGGCGGAGACACCGGUGCCGCUCCCUCUCGCGCCGCCGUCCCGCCCGUGCCCGCGCCCGGCCAAGCCGAAGCUGGUCAUCUUCAUCCGCAAGCAGAAUCGUGUGCUCCUCAACCUGCCCCACGUCGUGACCGCCUGCCGCCGUGCCGGGUUCGCGCCGCACGUCAUGAACCUGCGACGGCAGACCCCUCUCCCCGCCAUCCACGCCGCGCUGGCCUCUGCCGACGCCAUGGUCGCCGUGCACGGCGCGGCGGUGACCCACUUUCUCUUCAUGCAUCCGGGGUCCGUACUCCUCCAGAUCGUGCCCGUGGGGCUCGACUGGGCCGCCGGAGCCUUCUACGGCAAGCCCGCGCAGCAGCUCGGGCUGGGGUACCUCGAGUACAAGGUGGCGCCCGAGGAGAGCUCGCUCGCCGCCGAGUACGGCCUCAACAGCACUGUGGUGCGGGACCCCUCCGUCAUCAGCAGCCGCGGCUGGUGGGAGAUGAAGAAGGUGUACAUGGACCGGCAGAACGUUACUGUCAACAUCAAGAGGUUCGGCGAGCUGCUCAGGGCGGCGCGCCUGCACCUCAAGAACAGCACGGUGGCGUGCGCCAAGGGCGCGAGCGCGGCACUGAGAUAGAAGAUGCUAAUCAAGCUUCAUUAGAUGUUUAUUACUUAGUCACAUGUUGUUUAUUGAUUUCUUUGUGCCUUCUUUCUUUUGGUUGGGAGAAGGGAGGGGUAUAAAUGAGGGAUAAAAAGGAGAUGAGAUCCUGUAAAUAUGAUUGGGUUGGUUGAGAUUGGUAGGGAUCGCCUCCCUGCACAGUGCAUUCGUUCAGUUCGUCAUGUUAUUAUUAGAGAAGAGGAAGAAUAGUUUAUGAUAGGGGCGGGCUCUCCUGAAACAGCUUCUUGUUUACAGUAGUUCAUAGUAGCAUCUUUUUUAUUUUCUUUCUUUUUCUUUUUUCUUGUUUCUUUUUUUCUUUCUCAUUCUUUGGGUGUCCUGAUGAUGUAAGAAACAACAUUCUGUAACAAAGAGCAAUAGAAAUCCAGACCGUGGUGCCAUUUUGUUUUCA